AUUUUAAUAAGCCAUCGACCGGUUUAUUCGACUGACUAUUUGAUUUGGACUUAGGGUCGACUUAUCUACGCUCUACGACGGAAGUAUUUUAUAAUCGAAACAGAAAGGUCGCGAAAAUCAUCUUAACAUAAUGUAUACAGAUUUCCAAUGUUUCAAAUAAAACAGAUGUCUGAGGAUCUAGAUGAUAGUCUAGAAAGUGAAUCGUCACCUCCUGCCUUCCGUGUCGACAGAUAUACACCCACACUUGAUGAUGAUGAGGAGGAACCAUUUUUACAGGCAGCUCUGUUAAAUGAAGGAGCGGAGGAUAAAUUUCAAACUGAAUUAGAUCAGGCAUUGGCUAUAAGUUUGCUUGAAUCAGAUCUAGGAAUAAAUGACAGUUUAGAUGGAAAAUCAAAUGAACUAUUGACAAAUGAAAGAUUAGAAAUUAAUGAAUUAAAUGAUCUUCAGGUGCGAGGAAGUAGUGACUAUAGCAAUUUUGGAGCCACAUCACUGCAUGUCGACAGUGGUCCGCGUGAAAUGAGUGGGCAUCGGGCAGAAACGUCAAAUGAUUCUGGUUCUCGGACAGCAAUGACAAAGGAGGACAAAGAUUAUUCUCGUGAAUUGAAAGAAUUAAUUAGAUGUGGGAUUAUCUCCCCUUCCCAACUCAAUGAAAAGUUUCGUCAUAUAAUUGGAAAUGAUUACACUCAGAAUGAUUCUGAUGAAAACAUUGAUACUGUUGAUGUGAAUGUACAAAUUUCUGAUUCAAGCAUUCGUGGAAUUGAGGAGUUAGAACCAGUUCCUUUUACAUCAGAUAACCGUCUUCAAAAUUGGUCCAAAGAAGACAUAAAUGAUCAUGGAUCAGUUCAUUUGUAUAAAUUAUUCCCCAUAUACCCUGGUUGUAGAGAAUAUGAUGCAAUUUUACACGAUUUCACGCAAGCAGGACUAAUCAUAGAGAAGGUAGAGAGAUUACAAAAUGUCCAUUUAUUAGAAAAAUAUAAAAGUGAACAAGAUCAUCUUUUAAAAGCCAGACAACAUAUAGAAGGUUUUGAUCUAAAUGUGCGAUAUUUAUAUCAUGGAACACCAGCUGAUAAAGAACGUAUUAGUGAAGAAGGAUUAGAUGCUAGGUUAAGUCGUAUGGGAUGUUUUGGUAAAGGUAUAUAUUUUAGUGAUAAUCCAAGGAAAUGUAUUCAAUAUACUGGCGUAAAUAAAAAAUCAGAAUGUAUUUUAAUGUGUAGAGUUAUACUUGGAGAUGCUAAGGUUUAUCCACCAAAGGCUACAGAUGUUGAUCUUCGACGAGAACCAGAAAAAGAAAUUGCUACUGGAGGCUGGAGAUUUUAUGAUUCUGUUAAGGGUUGUCCUAUUGAUUAUAAUGAAUUUAUUGUAUAUGAAAACCGUCGUGCUAUGAUAGAAUAUAUAAUAACAUACAGAACAGAUCCAAACUCUACAAUUAAAGGGCCAACAGCUCAAGGAGGACAAUCGGCUUCAAUGUCAAAUUUAACUGAAGAAGAACAUAUGAGAACAAUAGAAUUAGUUCGUGACAGUGUGAGAAAACAGAGAUGUAUAGAGAAGGGUGAAGCUUGGGUUGAACCAUCUGAAGAGGAAAGAGAAAAGGAAAGACAAAAAUGGCGGAAUAUAAUGAGUUUAUCGGAUACUGGAGGGAGACCAAUGCCAUACAAGAAGGGUUCAGGGGCAAGUAACUCUCAUGGUGCAGUAGGUGGCACCAGUGGCUCUGCCCAAAUAGAUCCUGACGCUGCAGCUGUUGAUGAAGUUAUGAAUGUUCUAAUUACUGAUUUUAUACAAGUUACCCAAAUAGCAGAUAUGGAAAAAGCAAGGCAAAUUAUUUUAGAUGCGGACAUGCAAUUAGAUGUGGCUGUUGAAAGAUAUUAUUCAACAUAUGCUGGGUGAUAUAUAAAUAUCUUUAAGUAUGUGGAUGAUAGCGUGGAUUACAUGUAUGUUUUUUGAUAUCAAAUUUAAGGGUUAUAUUAUUGUAGCCAAUCAAAAGUAUUGUACAGAGACAAACCUACAGACGAUAUUUAGCAGCCAUGAAUACAAUCUGUUUCACAGAGGUAUUGUGGAAGCCUUCUUAUACCUCUGUGUUAAAUGACAGACCUUUAUAAGUUCAAGUAUGCCUUCUCUACAGGUGACAUCACAUCACAGGGCGUCCAUCAUCGACUCUAUGGCGCAUCCAUUGUGUUAACUGGUUCGGGCAGAAUGAUGCCUUUUACUCAUUUUAUAUACCCAUUUAUGGUACACUAAAUAGGAAAUAUUUUUUAUCUAGAUAUACUUCAAACACCUUUAUUUGUUUUUCUAAUACUUCAAAAAAAUGUUUUAGAAUUAAAAUUAAUUUGCGAGCUCAUUAAACUUCACCGAUGUCAUAUCCUUCUCUGUGAUUGUAGCGGUCUAGUGAAUAUUCACUGCUGAUUAUUAUAAGGUGCCAUGAUAUCUUACUGAUCCUGCUCUUUCUUAGUUUUAGGUACAUUCUUGACAUUGGUUAAAGGGAGAUCCCUCUUAUUUCAUCAUAUGUAUAUACUGUGGUGUUGAAUAGUUUGAAAUAUGUUAAUUAACGCCUAUAAAGAACUCAUGAAAAAAAUGUAAAUACAUGUAUUUAAUUUAUGAUUGUUAUAUUUUAACAGCUUAUGAAAUUUUAAACAACAGGAGAUUUACUUGUUUUGUGCUUAUAUGUAAUUUAGCUUCUGAUAUUAUUUUCACAAAUUGUUUUUUUAUAUAUCAGAACAAAAGGACAAAAACUAAUGGAAAAGAUGUAUAUUUAUAUACAUAUCAUGUUUUUUGGUGUUGUUUUUUGUAUAUAUUACAAUGUGUGUCUAUUUUAUAAAUUAUUUAUAUACCAUGAUAUUUAUUGUUAUCAGUAUUUGCUUAUAUGAAAGAUCAAGGUCAACUUGAUGUCAUUAUAUAGUCAUAAAUAUUUUUAAUUGUUCAAAAUCAGUUAAAAUUGUUUAACUUUAUCUGUAUAAAAAAAAGUCAAUAGAACCUCAGCGAUAAGUAUAUGUUAUGAUUACAUUUAUAGGUUUUUGGAAAAACUUUUUUUUUUUUUUUUUGCUAUUUUCCAUUUCGGAUUAAAAACUCUGUUUCAAAUGCCAGAUUCUAUGUUUUUUGUCACCCCUGUAGAUCGUCAUUAAGGUAGAAAGCAGAAGUAUUUUAAACCAUUAUUACUACAUGUGAUUGUUUGCCAACAUUAGAUGUUCGUACAUAAAUACAAGUUAAAAAAAUAUUUAAAUAAGUAUACAGGAUUCAGUUGUGUGGAAGUUGACCUGGGUCUUUAAAUUGUUAAUUUUAGUUUUUAUACGCUCAUAUUUUCAUAUGGACGUAUAUUGUCAAUGAAAAUGGACUAUAUUGUCGUCGCCUCUGUCCACAAUUUGUCUGUAGACACUCUACAGGUCACAAUAUUAUCCGAUUUUGACAAAACUUCAAAUAUAGGUAGAUCUCCAAAAGUUCUGGGUUCCUUUCGAUAUUGGCAUGUAUCAUAUUGAAACAUCAUGGAUUAUGGCCCCUGAUUGUAAAAAAAGUCAUGUUUUAGCUUGUGGAAACCCUAGAGGUCAGAAUUUUUAUCCUUUUGAUAUUCGCACUUGUCAGACCGUAACCUGGAUUAUUGCCCAUGAUUGUACAAAAAAUCACAUCUUUGUUUAGCUUGUUCUCUGUCCAUCUCAUACAAAAUAUGAGCGUAUCUUGCAUGGUAACAGCUUGUUGCAUUUUGGGAAUAUUAUCAAAUUUUUAUGAUUUUGUUAAUAAAUGUUAUAAUAGUCAAUAGAA